AUGGCCGCGGAUCAUCAUGGUCCUUCGAUGAACCCGUCGCCAGGCGAUGGUAGCGGUCGCUCAUCGUCGUCGUCACUGUCGCCUGCGGCUGAGCUGUCGCCGUCGUUGCGAAGCUCCCCGCCAUUCCAUGGUUGCUCGACGGCUACGCGAUCAUCUCCGUCGACCACGCAAUACGAUAGUCUAUUAGGGUACCACAGUUACGUCGCCGGUAACGUUGACGCUGGCGUGACGUCACCGUCAACGCACAACGGUUACGCCGAAGCGGCGUCGCACUUUCGUCGCAAGGAGACGUCGCCCGCUUCAGCGUCGCACGGCAACUCUCAGUCGCUGGCGCCGGAAUCCGAGUUCUACGCAUACCCGGCGCCGCCGCAGCCGCCCGCUUCGCUCUCGCCGUCGUUCUCGCUGCCCACCUACGCGUCCUACACCUCGUCGCACCCUACCUCGUCGAUCUGCGGCCCAACUGCGGCGCUCCCCGCGUCGCUCGCUUCACGGUCCCCUUCCGCAACGUCCGCCACCUCCUUCCCGUCGUCGUUGUCGCAUCCCUCCGUCUCGUCCUCGUCAGACGGGGAGGACCUCGGCCCCUCCGCGUGCCCCUUCCAAGCCAGCUUGGUCCCCGCAUACGCGCCUUUCUCCGCGUCGACUAACGGAACGGUCAACGCGGGGGUCAACGGAUCGGUCAACGCGGCGGUCAACGGGGGAGUCAACCCAAUGUCGCCGCUCGCAUCCUUUCCCGCUCGCCCCGCUAAUGCGCCGUUGGAGAGAACGAGUUCCGGGCCCAGUGGACUGCGGGGGGGACACGGCGCGGGCGGAAGCGGCGGGACUUUCCCCGGGGUGGCGGAAGCGGCGGGCGCGGGGAUCUUUCCCGAACGGGCACCAGGUGGCGGACUACUUGCUGUCGCAGCGCCACGGUCCCCAUCCCAAUGCUCUUUCUCCCCCGUUCCCGCGCCCCCGCCCCCGCAGUCCCCCAACGGCCAUCAGGUGGCGGACUACCUGCUGUCGCAGCUGCUGCACCUCACACGCUCCUCCGCCGGCUGCAUCUCCAGCGCCCUCCGCCGCCCCCGCCCCCGCAGCAACAACAGCACCAGCAGAGACAGCAACUGCAGCAACAGCAAGAACAGUGGUGGCGGCGGCAGUGAGGAGGAGGAGGAGUCGUUGUUCCUGAGGACGCACAGCAUCACCAACUUCGCCUGGACGCCGUACCUCAAGGCGUGGUAUGCCGAGAAUGCAGCCUCGGGAUUGGUGUUUGGCAAUAUGAAGACGCUCAUGGGCCAGGUGGUUACCACCGCUGACGUCAUCGUGAGCAAUGACGUGGCGUCGGAUCCGCGGUCGACGGGAGUGCCGCCCGGACACCCGCCCAUGACGACGUUCCUUGGUGUGCCACUGUUCUCAGGCUCCCGUCUCGUCGGAAUGUUCGCAGUGACCAAUCGCGAGGGGGGCUACAGCAGGACCCUCGUCACAGAGUUGCACGCACUAACCAAGACAGUGGGGCAGGUUGUAGCGGGGAUACAGCAGCGGCGGCAGCGGUGGGAGCGCGAGGAGCGGUUGAAUGCGGUGCUGGAGGGUGCCUGCCAGGCAGUGCUGUCUGUAGCGCCAUCCGGCCGGCUCUCCUGCAUCAACCGCGCUGCUCGGAGCCUGUUUGGGGUUCCUGAUCAAGCCAUGGGUCCCCACUCCUCCUCAAGCUCUCAGGCUGCUGCAGGAGCAGGGGGGGCAGCAGUAGGAACUGGAGCGACAUCUUCCUUGAGUCAUCUGCUUGCGAGCCUGAGUGAAUCUGAUCUUUCGCUAUCAGAUCUGAUUGAGAGCAUUGAUGGGGAUGCAGGCUUUAUGCAACAAGGUGUGCUGCUGAGAUAUGCAGAAUCAGAAGGUUCUUUUCCUGCUGUGGGGCUGUCCCAUGGAGACCAGUACAAAAAUCAGCUCAGGAGCUCCCAAGGUCGCACUGAUCGGGACAUGUCAGCAGCUGCUGUCAGAAUGAACCUCCGUGUGAGAGUGACACGUGGCGAGACGUCACAGGUGGCGUAUGUGCUGACGGUGCAGCCGGCAGAAGAAGUAGAAUUAGGAGAGAGAGAAUUCCACUUGCAGUCUCAAACUCAGUCUGAUGGCCAUCACACCUACCAUCAUAUGGCUUGUGGACGUGCAGAAAGGAAUUGGAGAGGAGCAGCAGCAGAUAGCGUAGGGGGGGGGGAUGGGGAGGGCGAGGAGGAUGGGCAUGAGUGUCAGCUGCUGAUGUCAGAUGAAGAUGGGACGCUCACCAUCGUGGUGUGA